GGAUUGUCAUGGAAUAAACUCAUUCACCGUCUAACUGCCGGAGGAGUAAAGCUGAAUUACACAGUGAUAAUGUGAGCACAGCUCUCUGCCACUCAGUCUGUUAAUUCGGAUUAGUAUGUAUUGGGUACAGCUGGAGCCCCGCCCUGGCAGGGUGUAGGAGGAGAGCAGGUACACCGCCCGCGGGCUGCUCUCAGUCACACGGUACCAGGACACUCGGCGUCAGUCAGUAUACUCGGUAUCGGUGUCAGUCAGUAUACUCGGUAUCGGUGUCAGUCAGUAUACUCGGUAUCGGUGUCAGUCAGUAUACUCGGUAUCGGUGUCAGUCAGUAUACUCGGUAUCGGUAUCAGUACACUCGGCGUCAGUCAGUAUACUCGGUAUCGGUAUCAGUACACUCGGCGUCAGUCAGUAUACUCGGUAUCGGUGUCAGUCAGUAUACUCGGUAUCGGUGUCAGUCAGUAUACUCGGCGGCAGACAUGGAGGUGCGCGGUGUGGCUCUCCUCACGGUGUGUGCGAUGCUCUCGCUCGGGGCUCUCAGCCUUGUUCCCGGGGGGUGGUCGGAGGCGGACCCGAACAGUGACUGGGUGCAGAAGGUGACGGCGUACUGUGUGCAGCGAUACAACAUGGAGAGCAAUGACGUCACUUUAUACUCACUGCUCAGCAUGAAGAGUGCCCAGCAACAGGUACACAGCCAGGCUGGAGGCGGUAGGUACACACAGAGCCAGGCUAGAGGCGGUAGGUACACACAGAGCCAGGCUAGAGGCGGUAGGUACACACAGAGCCAGGCUAGAGGCGGUAGGUACACACAGAGCCAGGCUGGAGAGGUAGGUACACACAGAGCCAGGCUGGAGGCGGUAGGUACACACAGAGCCAGGCUAGAGGCGGUAGGUACACACAGAGCCAGGCUGGAGAGGUAGGUACACACAGAGCCAGGCUAGAGGCGGUAGGUACACAGCCAGGCUGGGGAGGUAGGUGCACACAGAGCCAGGCUGGGGAGGUAGGUACACACAGAGCCAGGCUGGAGGCGGUAGGUACACAGCCAGGCUGGGGAGGUAGGUACACACAGAGCCAGGCUGGGGAGGUAGUGCUGGUGGCAGUAGGUACACACAGAGCCAGGCUGGGGAGGUAGUGCUGGUGGCAGUAGGUAUGCACAGAGCCAGGCUGGUGGCAGUAGGUACACACAGAGCCAGGCUGGAGGCGGUAGGUACACACAGAGCCAGGCUGGAGGCGGUAGGUACACACAGAGCCAGGCUGGAGGCGGUAGGUACACACAGAGCCAGGCUGGAGGCGGUAGGUACACACAGAGCCAGGCUAGAGGCGGUAGGUACACACAGAGCCAGGCUGGAGAGGUAGGUACACACAGAGCCAGGCUAGAGGCGGGGGUACACAGCCAGGCUGGGGAGGUAGGUGCACACAGAGCCAGGCUGGGGGUAGGUACCACACAGCCAGGCUGGGGAGGUAGGCACACAGAGCCAGGCUGGGAGGUAGUGCUGGUGGCAGUAGGUACACACAGAGCCAGGCUGGGAGGUAGUGCUGGUGGCAGUAGGUAUGCACAGAGCCAGGCUGGUGGCAGUAGGUAGUAGGUAUGCACAGAGCCAGGCUGGUGGCAGUAGGUACACACAGAGCCAGGCUGGAGGCGGUAGGUGCACACAGAGCCAGGCUGGGGAGGUAGUGCUGGUGGCGGUAGGUGCACACAGAGCCAGGCUGGGGAGGUAGUGCUGGUGGCGGUAGGUACACACAGAGCCAGGCUGGAGAGGUAGGGCUGGUGGCGGUAGGUAGACACAGAGCCAGGCUGGGGAGGUAGUGCUGGUGGCGGUAGGUACACACAGAGCCAGGCUGGGGAGGUAGUGCUGGUGGCGGUAGGUACACACAGAGCCAGGCUGGGGAGGUAGUGCUGGUGGCGGUAGGUACACACAGAGCCAGGCUGGGGAGGUAGUGCUGGUGGCGGUAGGUACACACAGAGCCAGGCUGGAGAGGUAGUGCUGGUGGCGGUAGGUGUACACAGAGCCAGGCUGGAGAGGUAGUGCUGGUGGCGGUAGGUGUACACAGAGCCAGGCUGGGGAGGUAGUGCUGGUGGCGGUAGGUACACACAGAGCCAGGCUGGGGAGGUAGUGCUGGUGGCGGUAGGUACACACAGAGCCAGGCUGGGGAGGUGGUGGUGGUGGGUACACACAGAGGUAGGGCUGGUGGCGGAAGGUACACACAGAGCCACGCUGCAGAGGUAGUGGCGGUGGGGGGACACAGAGCCACGCUGCAGAGGUUGUGCUGGUGGCGUUAGGUACAUACAGCAUGCUGGGUUUCCCUUAGCAUUAUCACUGUGUCCCAUCAGUUCUUUCUAUUGUAAAGUCUCCCUGCCCGUCACAACCUCAGUGAAAUCAUGGAUAACUUUACAUGUCAAAUUUGUUUAUACAGAAUAAUAAGACUAAGUUUAUAAGCUCUCAUGUGUUGUUACAAAAGUGUUGUUUCAAAUGGAAAGUACAUUUUCAAACGUUUGGGUCAAGCUAUAGUGGUUCUAUCCAUUACCAUUGGCUGAACGUAUCUAACCCAUACGGCCCAGUUGUCCCUAUUUGGGUGCAAAUCCCUCUGUCCCUCUUUUCUAUCCUACAGGGAUACGAUCAAGUGAAAAUAAUUUCUAACAACCUACUGCCAGGUAUCUGCUUGGAGACUGCCAUGUCCUGUAGACACUCCACAACACACGAAUCCUCACAAUCCUUCUGUACAGCUUAAUUGUCUAUUUCCACCCAAACUGGUGGCAAAUAUCAAAACCGCUUUAGCCUAAUGAAGCCGUUUUUGUGUAUAGAUCAUGCCCCUGCAGUCUCACUGCUCAAUUAUCUAUUUAUGAGUCAAAUAACCUUGUUUAUGCAUCCCAUGUCACACCUUCCUGCAUGUAAGUUACACAUAUAAUAUAUAUUUUUCUAUAUCAGUCUUGUGGUAUACGAAUGUAUUUUGUAUAUGUGUAAUCAUUUUGUAAACUUGAUUUCCGUGUUAGAGGGACUGCCUGUCAUCCCAGGCAGUUCCAUAGCCUGCUCUUGUUGCCAUACAAUGCACUCUGAAUACACCUGAUGGGAUCGCAAUCGCCCUCCCACGCCAUCUAGCCAUGAACUGGUUAUGAGAUAUCUAGAUUUUGGCCGUAUGGUCUCUCUUCUCCACCAGCCAAACCACGCAGUAAACAAGAGUGUUCCGUGAUCAAAAUGUGGAGAACAAACAUUAACUCAAACAACGCUGGCACUGAAUUGAGGCUUUGAAAGCCAUACAGACUUGCCUGCAUUGUUGCCCCAACGUGAAAGUGAGUGGAGUGAGCAGGGCCAGAUUAAGAGCCCAGUGGGCCUGGUGCUGACAAUUAUGUUGGGCCUAAUUACAGAAUCUUAUCGACCAAAAGCACUAAAACAGUCAAACCUCUCAAGCGUCAUGUAUCUGAUAGAGAUGGUGUUGGAGGGAAAAGGAUGCAGCUAUAAGAAAACACACAUACUCUAGGCUAAUCACUCUCUAAUUUAUGCUUUCAACUUUGAAGUAAAUCCAUACCCCCUAACAGCAGCGUCCAGUGAAGCAGGAAGUCAAUGGGUGGAGUAAAAGGGUGGGCCACUGACACAAAUCACAUGACCAGAACUGCCAAAAGGGCGAACAUGCCCAAAAAGGGGGCAUGUCUGUCCAAAGAAUUGGAAGGCCAACCUGGCAUCAGUGUCCCUAUGCAUCAAAGUGUCAGUGUCCCCAUGUCGUCCAAUCCCGUAGUCUCCCAGGGUCUCAGUGUCCUCAUUUUUCUCCAUGUCCCCAUGUCUCAGUGUUUCCCGUGUCACUAGGAUACUAGGGGACACAAAGACAUGUGGACACAGUGAGACACCAGGGGACAUAGACACUUGGGGACACUGGGAGACAUGGGGCACUAGUGGAUACAGACAUGGGGACACUGGGAGACAUGGGAACACAUACACUAGCAACACCGAGACAUGGGGACACAGACACUCGGAGACAUGGGGACACUGAGACACUAGGGACACUGACUGGGAGGCAUGGGAACACAGACACUUGGGGAUACUGAGACGUGGGGCAACUUGUGGACAUAGACAUGGGAACACUGGGAAACAUGGAGACACUGAAAAAUUGGGGACACUGACACUAAGGACACUGGCUGGGAGACAGAGGGACACUGGGAGACAUGGGAACACUGAGACUAGGGACACUGACUGGAAGACAUGUGGACACUGGGAGACAGAUAUUUGGACACACUGGGAGACAUGGGGACAAUGAGACACUAGGGACACUGAGAGACAUGGGGACACAGACUCUGGGAGACUAGGGGUCAAUGGGAGCCAUGGAGACACUGUGUCCCUAGUGUCCCAAUGUGUCUCCCAAUGUCCCUAUGUCUUACAGCAUCUCCUAGUGUCUGUGUCCCCAAGUGUCUCAGUAUCCCCAUGUUUUCUGAGCUGUAGUCUGUCUCUGCAGGCUGGGAGCUGCAGGCUGAACUCUUUGUGCUGUGUAGCUGCUCCCCAGCGGAUCAGUGAGUAGAGAGAGACAGGGAGGGAUAUGCUGUAACUUCUUAUCCCUGCCUCUCUCCACACACACAGCGACCCCUGCUGGCUGGUGCUGGUAUUGCUGAGUAAUCUCCAUUUAUACUGAGAAAAAUAUCCGCAUUUGCAUUUCUGGUAUUACUGCAUUACUGGAACGGCCAGGCAGCCUCAAAUACCGGCUGUGCUGGUAAAAUACCAGUCAGGUGGCAAACCUAAGAGUACUGUGUAAAAAAAAAAAAACAAGUUAAAAUAUAUAUAUAUUUUUUUUAAAUGGGCCUAUUCCAUGGGCCUGGGCCUGGGCCUGGAGCUGCAGCUCCAUCAGCCCCUAUGUUAAUCCGGCCCUGAGUAUAACCCCUCCUAUAUUCCUCAGACCAAUCAGCACACAGGAUAAUCAGGAUCACCUUAUAUGGACAGACCACAUGGCAUUUACAGACAAAGGAAUGUACUAUCCACUUCCACACAUGCUCAGUAUACUGAUGACUCAUCCAACUGUUUGUAAUCAGAUACUAAUUAGCAUAUGCCAUGUGGAGAUUUCGGCCUACUAAAUUUUGACCAUGCUGGAAUCCCAUAACAAGAGAAGUUUGUGAGCUGAACUGGCACCAUACAAAGUGAACUCAAACAAAUGUAUACAGUAAUUGAUAGUGAAGAAAUUUAAAAAAGUCCUGUUGCAUAUUUUUAAUCUGAUCAUGGCAAUUUUGUUUUUAUCUUGUGUUCCUAAUAGGUUGUGGCUGGAGUUAAUUACAAGAUUGUGUUUAUCAUUGGGCAAACCACAUGCAGAAAAAAUGGAAACAUGUCCUUGACCAACUGUCCUCUGAAAACCGGAGAAAACGUAAAGGUGAUGUCACUAUUUAAUAAAUAAUCUGUUGCGUAAACAUCUCCAAACCAGAGUAUUCUGCUUGCACAUGUUCUGUUGGAUGAUGUGAAAAGCUGAGUUGGUUUGACUUAAAUUGUAUGAAAAAUGUAGAGUGCAUGUUUGUAAAUUAACCUAUACUUCUAAAUUGUCAAAAGAUACACUUCAGUUAUAACUGACCCUAAAAGGGACAUUCCAAGCUGGGUGUUUACUGUACUUGCCCAAAAGUUUUCCCUAGGAAGGCACUAACCUAAUAGUGUAAUCCACUCAUGGCAAAUCUGAUGCAUGUGUUCAGUGCUUCUGCCAUGCUUGUGAGAUCAGUGGUCGCGCCGUUUAUUAAGAAACUUCAAGAUUAAUUUGUUUGGAGAAUGUUGUGCACAAUUUGUAUUUAGGUGGUGUUCUUGCGUCUCCCGGACUGUGGUAUUAGAUCGUUCCAAUGGUAGCAGAGAAAAUACUGUACUGACAGAUGGGCACUCAUGAAGGAGAGGUGAUGGUUGAGUGUCCUGGUCUCACCUUCUUGCUAUAAACCCUGCAAUGACCCUGGUCCAGGGAGGAAACCUCUUAUCUCUCUUGUCCAUGCUUUGUGUGUAUGUAAAAUGUCUAUACCUAACACACAAGUGGAAUAGUAGUCGCAUGUUACCAAGUCAGUGAUUUAAUAUCCUAUUUUAUUGCCUCAUAUAAUCUGUGUACCUGAUGUGGCUCCUAACUACCACCAUCAGUGUGGAUAUUUCCUGUUUUAUAACCUGUGGGCAGGUUGUGCCUAGCACAUCCAAAAUAGUCAGUGCACAACUAUCGUUCUGGUAAUCCAGUGUAACAUGCAUCAAUUAAAACAGGGUGGUAGAAAUUGUGAAACCAAUCUUGUUACCACACAGACAUGCACACAAAAUAUAAAAAUGUAUGUAUUAGUGGGUGGGCACUUUGUUUUUAUUCAGUUUUAUUCAGGCAAAGGAAAGGUUUUUUUACUGUAAGAACAAUCAGGAUGUGGAAUUCUCUGCCUGAGGAAGUGGUUUUAUCAGAGUCCAUACAGAUGUUCAAACGGCUACUAGAUGCAUACUUGCAAGAACAGAAUAUUCAAGGAUAUAAUCUUUCAAUGUAGGUAAUAACUGCUUGAUCCAAGGAUAAAUGUGACUGCCAUUCUGGGGUCAAGAAGGAAUUUUUUUCCUAGCUUGUUGCAAAAUUGUGCUUCAAACUGGGUUUUUUUGCCUUCUUUUGGAUCAACAGCAAAUAACAAAUGUGAGGUAGGCUGAACUUGAUGGACGCAAGUCUCUUUUCAGCUAUGUAACUAUGUAACUAUGUAAGAUGUAUGAUACCUGAGCUGAAAUCUUUUGGUCUCCAGCCCUAGUUACAUGAUGGCAUAUGUUUUGUAUUAACUAUUUUGUAUUAAAAGUAUCAAACAUAAAGUGCAUAGUAGACAAAUGUAUACACAGAUUUUUUUGUUUUUUUGCAUGAAUUGGUUUGUGUGUGUGUUUUCCUCUUUUUAAAAUGCCCGGUGCUCAGCUGUAUAAAAAUAGCUUUUAAUCCAUAGUCAACGUUUCAGUCCACGUCAGUAAACUUUCACCAGGACACAAAUCUAUAUUUAUAAUUUUAUUUGUUUUUGUGCCUGGCACAUGUCAAGAUGACAGAUUAACACACCUCCUCCUCCACCCUGUGAUACAACCUCAGAAUUGGAGAUCCUCCAACGAUCAGACUUACCUGGCCUCUGAGCAAAAAAUACUUCAAAUAGUCAAUCCAAGACCUACUAUCAAGAUGGAACUUCCACAAUAUUACUGCAGAUAACUAUUUUAAAGCACAGGAGUGCACAAUCUCUAAUUGUAAGAGUAUAGUAUAGUGCACACUGGAUAAGAUUGCUACCAUGAGGCAACUGAAGCCAGUUUGUGGCACUCUCCUACCUUAUAUUUAUUUUAUUUAUUUAUUUUAAACUGUGCUUUGAGUCAGUGGCUCAUGGAUCGGUCCCACUGCCUUCCUAAACCUCACAGCUUGUCUGUGGACAUCCCAAGGGAUGCUGUAGUUUCUUAAUUAUUACAAACCCAAGAAGGCUGCAUCCCUUACCAGAUCUGCAUUCUGGCCUAUCCUUGUAUGUUCCUCUUCACAAUUACAAUGCUAAAAUGCAGCAAAUUUAUCACGGUUAACAAUGCUCUAUGUAAUCACUUACUGGUGGGGAUAUGCAACAGAUUUGCUGAUUUUUAAGGGGAAUGGAUCCCUGAGACUUGUGACCACCCUGGAGGAAGGAAUUCAGCUACUACAGUCUUGUAAUAUAUUGCUAACUGACCUUGCUUCACCUCUAAAGCCUUUUGCAGACAUCCUUAAACACAAGAUCUAGAUUAUCACAAACUUCAGAUAUUAUGGUUGAUUCCUUUUCGGUUUCCUUUGACAUUGCGCAAGCUAUGUUGUAAUAGGAGGGUUACUUCUUUUCGCCAUCACUGGCAACUACUGUCAGUCCUUUCUAUUCAGUCCCAGUUAAGCUCUGUUCUUACUAUAUUGGAAAAGGUACUAGCCAACCAAAUGUUUGCUAAGAGUCAACUCUGCCCCUUAGAGCAUGAGUUUUCUAGGGGCCUAUCUCAAUACAGACAGGGGCAUGGUGUGUUUGUCAAAAGGAAACAUCCAUUCCUAAAGAUUAAUAAAGAAAAGCAGUCGACAUGACUGCACGAGUAUUUGCAUGUCUGCUGGAUUCAAUAUCCUCAAGCAUUGGUCUAAUCAAAUGGGCCCAGUGACAUGAGCAUUCCUUAGUCUUACUGUCUCCAGUCCAGAUACAAAUCACCGGGGAGGGAAACAGAUUUUCAUCACAUUCAGGAGUCAAGUCCUUCUCUGGUAGUCCCAAACCUUGUGCUUUUUCAGGGGCCCCAAAAUUUCUGAUGGCGGCCCUGGUUCCACACCCUCAUCAUGUUCUGUGUGCUAGGUAGCAGAUUCUCUCGUAUGGGUUUUGGGCAUUUCUGUAGCCAGAGUACUGCCCUGAGGUCGUGUUGUGGGGCCCAGUGGGAUUCUAUUGCUACCCACUGUGGGGCUUGGGCUGGAAGAUUGUUGGGCACCUGUUUUAAAGGAAAUUGGGGCACUAGAAAAAGUGAAGCAGCAUACAAAAUUAACAAAAGGAAUAUGGAGUAUUUCAUAUCUGUUUAGUUUAGAAAAAACACCUCAGAAUGGAUAAGAUAGCAUUAUACAAACCAUUGUCUGGAAAUCUAGUCAUAAACAGGACUAUACAUAAGACACAAAGUCCUGCAUUAAGACUGGAAGAAAAUAAAUUAGUCUUAAGACAAAACUGUGCAGAUGUUUAAACCGCAAUUGGAUGUACACUUGAAAAAAUAGUGGAGUGGCCUGAGCUCUAUGGCAGCUGGCUGCAUGUUAAAAGAGCUACCUUAGUUCUCAAAUUAUUUGAACUUUCUUGGCUCCAUGCGCUCGUGUUUGCACCCCUGCAGUCUUCAUCUCUCCUGAGCUGGACGGUGCUCUCUGGAGCGAGGAGGACAGUGCUUGUCAUAAACUGCCUUGUGGGGUCUGGUGGGGGCGGCCAAUCUAUGCGUCCAAGAGAAUCCUGGUCCCUCACAGUAUCUCUGCAGCCCCAUUUCUCUUCCUUCUGGACAGGAGGGGUUUAUCCACGUCCCUGCUGGGAUGCAUAUUAAGGUCCUCCGUGUAGUGGACGACUACCCUGACACUGUACGUAAAGAGGCAUGCAACGAUACACAAGAUGGCUGACUCCAAUACUAUGCUGAUUGCACACAGAGCUGCCCUUACAAACCACUGCCACAGCACAAUACACCAAUUGGAGGUGGUUUUCAACCACUUCUGGGAUGGAACAAGGAGGCAUCAUGGAGUUAUGCCCUGAGGUUCUCUUUACAAGCAACUCCACUUAAUGCCUACUUGGUCCUAGAGUCAACCAGGGUUCAGCCGCAACGUACAGGCCACACAAGCAGAAGUGCUUGAGGUAUAAUUGACAGAUCAGCAUUACUGAAAGGGCCUUCUGCAUGUUCCUAGAUGGGGAGAACUUUGCCUCACAGAGCUCCAGAGUUUCAGUGCAGGCUCUGGAACAGGCAUGGUAGUGUACCCUAUCUUGGUCCUAUAUCACUACUCGCCUGAAUGGCCUGUGAUCGGAUAGUAGAUACAUGUCCAGCCACGGCAUUGGCUGGAUGCCACUCUGGACUGACCUAAUAAGCCUUUCUCAGAUGCGGUCACCCCCUGACUGGCCUCCAUUAAGGAGAUUGUACUCCCACACAAAUGGCAUCUUAUCAGUUAUGCAUAUUCAGCUACGUUUCAUGGUGUUUUUAGUUUCUAUCCACAUUGGGCAUGGGCUGGUAUACUUUUCAUGUUAUAAUGUGCUUGGCAUUAGCCUUCCACCUCAUUCUCGUGAAGCAGUGUAUUUUGCUUGCACACUUUAUAGCCGCCAAACCGUCAAAAAGCGUGUCGGGGCCAACCAUAUCUAGGAUCACAUGCACCUAUUCAACUUAUUUAUUCAUGUCUUUUUAUACAGCUCAUUAUUAGAGAGAACAGUCUCUCGGGUGCUUGAUUUGGGUGUUCUAGGUAUCCUUUCGAUUUUUGUUAUAUCCUGCUAAAAAGUGACAGCUAGAGUAUAUUCCUAAACCAGCUCAGGUGCUCUCGAAAGCACAGCUUAGAAAUUCUGUUAGCAUGGAUUACUAACCUCUGACUUUUAAGACCACUUCUAGUUUUAGCAAAAUUUUCUUAGUGUGUUCACUGGCCGUUAGAUUGAUUGAUUUAUUUAUUUAUUUCAGAUUACACUGUUUAGUGAAGGUUACCUCUUCUUGGAUGCAACUCACUCAGUGAUACAUGUGUUUCUUUCAAGGAAAUUGGCAACACUGAAUGUGCAUCUCCAAAUAUAUACAGUCAGAAUCUUUGUGGGAUCUUGUUAUCCCUAUUCCCUCAGCCAGUUGAUAUACUCAGUACUAUAGCUUUAGUUGGUUUUGGGCUGUACACAAGCUACAGGUUUACUGCCUUGGAUUUUUCCAUUACUAACCUAUAGACACAUACUACCUCUUUUUAUUUAUUUAUUUAUAUAAUAUAUAUAUAUAUAUAUAUAUAUAUAUAUAUAUAUAUAUAUAUAUAUAUAUAUAUUCAAGUGUUAGUAUUUACACAAAACAAGACAAAUGAAGGUUGCGCCAAAGCUGGCUGGUUAGCUAGUCCAGCUAAUAUGAAGUCCAAAAUAGUAAAAAGCAAAGUCCAAAGUAAUAUAAAACAAACUCUUUAGUGGAGCCUGAUGGGGUAUCAACGGCCUAUGAAGAGGGAUAUUCUCUGUAUGGAUCAAAUGGAGGCAGCUUUCCAGGAUCCGUAUGUGAAAAGAGAAAGGGAUAAUUGUCCACAACGCGUUUCACCUAUAAUGGCUUUCUCAAGUAGAGACCAUUAUAGGUGAAACGCGUUGUGGAUAUUUUAAUAUUCUGUAUUCUUAAAGGUAUUUUGGCUACUUUUAAUAUACCUUGAUUGUGCCAUUUUACUAUUUUAUUUAUUUUUGCUUGGUAUCCUGUUUUUUAUCCUUCCUGUUGAGUAUUACUCCAAGACCUCCUAGGUGGGGAUUAUACCAUGUACGCCCAAGUUAUUGAGCAGUUAGUCUGCUCAAUCAUAUGUUAGUACCCAUUUUAUUUUAUAUACUCAUUAUAUACUAUUUUAUACAGUGAGCACUUUUAGUUGUCUCCUUUUUCUUUUGUGAUAUAUAUAUAUAUCUACACAAGACUUGCCACUCGACACGUAUCCUACAAGCGGGGAUUAUACCGCUGUACGCCGUUCAAGCUCUACCGCAUGUAAGUAGGACUAGAUUAGUCUCUAUUGGUGUUUUACCAUCUUUUACUAGACGCACUGCCCUAUCCUCUGUCCUUUUUCUCCACAUACGGACAAAAAAGACCAACACCCCUCUACGUAUCCCAUAAGCGGGGCUUGUACCGCUGUAUGCCAUCAACACUAGAGCUAGUUUAGCUGAACUACACGUGAGUAGGACUAUCGUAAACUUCGUCUUCCUGCUAUCCUACUUUUUACUUUACGUAUUUGCACUAUUAUCCCUUUCUCUUUUCACAUACGGAUCCUGGAAAGCUGCCUCCAUUUGAUCCAUACAGAGAAUAUCCCUCUUGAUAGGCCGUUGAUACCCCAUCAGGCUCCACUAAAGAGUUUGUUUUAUAUUACUUUGGAUUUUGCUUUUUACUAUUUUGGACUUUAUUCAUAUUAGCUGGACUACAGCCAGCUUUGGCGCAACCUUAAUUUGUUUUGUGUAUUAACUUUAUCUUUUUUUUUGUAUAUUUACGAAUGCUGUGCAUUUUUGUGUGUGCUGUAAAUACUCUAUUUUUGACUUGUAAUUGGUUAACUAAUAUUUUAAUGAAAUAUUAAGUGUUAAGUCUUUUCUUUGAUUCAUUACAAGGUGUAGGCAUCUACAGUGUUGUAUCCUGGUUUUGUGCUGCCCUAGGCAUUCCAAAACUCAGGCGCUCCCCUCGCACCACCCCGCCUUCUAAAUACACAUACACACACACACACACACACACACUCACUAACAGAUGCAUACACUCUCACUAACAGACACACACAUAGUAACACACUCCCUCACUAACACACAGAGACACACACACACACUCUAAUACACACCAUAUGCAAACAUUAACACUCACUUUUUCUUUUAAAAAUGUAACCCCCCCAGCCUCCUUACCUUUGGGAAUGCUGUGGGGGGGGCGGGGUUCUUCCUCUCCCUGGGGGUCCAGUGACUGCUGGGCGGGCGGCGCUGGCGAGUGAGCACUUUCCCCUGAGCGCUCUGCUCAGCUUCCUCGUGCGCCGCAGAGUGAGGCUUGGCGCGCAAGGUCAUAUUCCGACUCCCGGCAUCACUCUGCUCAGGGGAAAGCGCUCCCUCGCCAGCGCUGCCCGCACAGAUUUUUUACCUAGCCGCCUGUAUGCCUGGACUGUAAGCCGCUUUUUUUUGCCGCCCCCUGGGAAAAGCCGCCCAAGGCAAAUGCCUUGUUUGCCUCGCGGCUAAAACGUCCCUGGGCAUCUAUCUACCAUUCCUUAAUUGCCUGGGCACAUGCUCUUUACCUGCCUUAGACCAUCGACAAAUCACUCCCAUCUGUCUUUUUUCUAAAAACUUUAUAUCCAUAACUUUGGUAUGUCUGACAAAUGCCUUUGGCGAAAUUGCAUUUUACUUUUUUUUUUGCCUGGCAUCUAGGUAUUGACUGAGCAACAUUUUCCUAGCCUAUUUCUCCUUCCUAAAUAUGUGACAGCAGGUCUACUGUUGAUUUGUUUCACUCUGUUUUACUCUAAUUUUAGUUUAUUUAUUUUUUCUUCCUAAAAAGGGGCAAAACUCUUGACAUAUCAAUGUAAUCAUUACUUUUUGUGCUUACUAUACCCUUAUGUGUAUCUUGGCACUGCAAUAAAGAUUUAAAAAAAAACAAACAAAAAAAAUAACUGAAUAUUAUGUUCUUGCAAUUCUUUGGUAAUAGCUUCUUGCUCCAAGAAGAGAUCUGACUUUUUAUUUUAUUUAUUUUUUCCUCCCUUGGUUUAGCCUGGUGUGUUGAUGCUGCUAUGGAAUAUAGAAAAUUGUUCCAUACUUAACAUCAUUUUCUUUUCAUGGAUAUAUCCAUGGCAGCAUGGAUUUCCCUCCCAUAUCUGAUUUCUAUUGUUGCCUUCCGGAGCAUAGAACUAGACUGAGGAUAUUCUGAACAAGGGGGUGUAUUAAAAGACUUCCUGUCUUAAUAGCCAAAUAAGUGGAGCUAAAACUAUGGUAAUGCUGUCAUGGGUAUAUCUAGAAAAUAAAUUACAGUAAGUAUAGAACAAGUUUCUAUUUAAAAAAAAAAAAUCAACUUACCGUUAAGGACCACUAUAGUGCCAGGAAAACAUAAUAGUUUUCCUGGCACUAUAGUGACCUGAGGGUGCCCCCACCCUCAGGGACCCCCUCCCGCCCGGCUCUGGAAGGGGGAAAGGGGUAAAAACUUACCUUUUUCCAGCGCUGGGCGGAGAGCUCUCCUCCUCUUCUCCUCUCCGUCGGCUGAAUGCGCACGCGCGGCAAGAGCUGCGCGCGCAUUCAGCCGGUCACAUAGGAAAGCAUUAUAAUGCUUUCCUCGCGAGCGCGUUUCACUGUGAAAAUCACAGUGAGAAGCACGCAAGCGCCUCUAGCGGCUGUCAAUGAGACAGCCGCUAGAGGAAAUAGGGGAAGGCUUAACCCAUUCAUAAACAUGGCAGUUUCUCUGAAACUGCUAUGUUUAUGAAAAAAUGGGUUAACCCUAGCUGGACCUGGCACCCAGACCACUUCAUUAAGCUGAAGUGGUAUGGGUGCCUAGAGUGGUCCUUUAAGUAUUUCAGCCCACAUCCUCUGGCAGGGCACACCAAGCAUCCAACCCAAGCCCCCCUUGACGUUUCCACUAAACUUCCUCUGCACAGGCUAGGGGGGGAUUAGCCUGACUCACAAAAUAAAAACCGGGUAGACGUAGCACCUGUGCAACUCCGAAUGCCACAAUGGUUAUCUAAUAUGUAACUUGUUAUAUACUACUCUUUUGAGCACAUGUUGUAUCUUGAGUUCUUUGCUUGCAAACCCUCAAAAAUAAAGAAAAAAAAAUUACAAAAAUGUUUUAUUUUUUAAAAGCGCUCUGAUGUUCUUUAGUUCCACCUAAUAUGAAAUAAUUUAGAAGUGUGUGCCCUAUGGCUACUUUUUUAUUUCUUUCUCUUGCAGUUCGUACCCAUACAUUGUACUAGUCUGUUCUUUCAUGCUUUAGAUCAUAAUUGUAGUCUUGUUAGGCCAACAUCCUCCCCCCCAGUGACUAUUUGUAAUCUAAGCUGGUGCUCACUUUUGUGCGUAGUAUUUCACUCUUGCCAUCAUUAAGUCAUUUUAAUGUUUGCAUUUUCAAUAUAGAAAUGGCUUCAUAUUCCUUUCUUUAACAUUUUUUUUUCUUUCCCGCAUGAUAUCUCCCUCAGUAAAAAUGCCCUCUGUUUGGGAUGCUUCCCUUACCCACUACCACUUUAGGAGUAACUUCCAUAUGUAGUUCUCAUGGGCAGUUCUUUUUAUAUUUUAGUUACAUAAUACGUAGUUUAAUAAGCCUCAAAAAAAAAUAAUACAAAAAAAAAUGUAAAAUUAUGAAAGAUGCAACUAUCUUUAAAUCUACCAUCUGUCUUCUGCAAGGAACCCAUUUUUGUAGACUUAACACUCUCUCUAACUUCACUCACUAUACAAGCCUUCUUGCUUUUAGUUGUCAAUCUUGGGACUUUAUUUAUGGAUUGCAUUACUUGACUGGAUUAGGCACCUCAGGGGAAAGGUUUUGCGUAUUCUUUACUGCAGUGUUUGUUUAUAGAUUGAAGAAUUAGAGCAUCAUCUACUGAUAUUGGCCUAUCUCAUGAUCAGAAAAUGCGCCUUCCAAAACUACAUUCAGUUACCACUUUCCAGCUGUGGGUUGAGGGCUAUGGAGACUAAAUGAUGAGCUCAUUUCUAUCCUUAAAAUAUCUGCUAACCUGCAGUUUUUCUCUGCUAACCAUGACUGACGCUACGAAUACUUCCACUCCUCACACGUUUGAGACCAAUUUAUAAACUGUCCCCUUCAGAAUACCGAAUGUCAUUCUUUCUUUAGAUGUUAAAAACUCCACAGAUUGAGUUGGAAAUGUAUGUCCCCAACCCUGCAAGAUUUUGACUUCCUUUUCCCUGCCCUUUUAAGUGCAGUCCUUAGUCUUUACAGCCCCUUCAGCUAAAUUCUUCUCCUCCCCCUUCCUCCUCCUCCUGGUUUUCUGUUGAAUACCUUUCCAAUUGGGAAUGGUACCUGUCAGUGUUGUCUCGCCCCAUCCCUAUUUUGGCCCUUGGAUGAUUAGUUCAUAAAAUGUUUUCAGUCUCUUAUCGUUACCUUGCUAGGUGAACAUAAUAAAAAAAUUAAAAAUAAAAAUCCUAUUUGUUGAUAUUCUAUUGGUAAUCUCUUCACAGGGGACUCCAUAACUUGCCUGUUACUAAGCCUCUGAAUAUAGGGAGGUCUCUUUCUAUUAAAACUAGUCUAGCAAAGCUCUAGCAACUCACCUUUUUAUUUUUGCCUCACAAUACUUUAGGCAGAUUUACAGUCCAGGUACACUUUUUUUGACUGGGGUCUCUAACUUGCUUUAAGGAAAAGAAUUUAAAAUCUCACAUCAAAGCACGGUUGGACAAGUGGCUAAAAUUAGAAAUGUCCUGGUUGGGACACAUUUAAUACUAUAAAGAUCAAUGUUUUCCCUUGGAUAUUGUACUUGAUAACGAUCUUACCCAUAACUCUCCCAGCAUCUUUCCAAAUUGUAAUACAAACUUUAGUGUUUAGACUGCCCUCCACUCCUGCUCCCUGGAUCUCGCUCGAAAAUUGAUACCUUUUUUUUCGUAUUUUCAUUAGACCAAAUAUUUGAGGUGCCACUCCAUAGGUGUCAAUCACUCCUCAAAAUCAUCUCUUAAACACUGCACUUCUUAGAAGUGUGGAGAUUGUGGCACCAGAAUCUUAUCUCUAAGCAACCCCUAUUAAUAUUUCUGCCCCACCCUCAAAGUCUAUUACCCACAGCCAUCCUGUCUACCUGUUCUAUGAUUUUUACAUAUCGGGAAAAUAUACCAAUCAUCUGUUCCUUAACAGGUCCUAAAAUUAUGUAAAUACAACCUCAGAGGAACACCACAUGACAUUAGUGUCAUGAUUAACAAAAAUAAAUCCAAAAUGGAGAUGCCAUAUGUGAAAAUUGAAGUAACCCUUAUGAUUUAAUACCGUAUGGAACCAGCUUUAGCAACACUAACUUGAAGUAAUUGUUUUCUGUAUGCAUCUCUCACAUUGAGGCCCACUCUUAUUUACAAUGUUGCAUCGGUUCAUUGAGGUAUGGUAGCAUUUUGUGCACAGCUCUCCCACCACAGCAUUUUAUGGGAAUUGGACUUUGACUGGGUCAUUGCAACACCUUGAUUCUCUUCUUUUUCAACUGUUCUGUUGUAGAUUUGGAAUCAUUGUCCUGUUACAUUACCUAACUUUAGCCAGGUUUUAGUUGUCAGACAGGGUGCCUCACAUUUGACUCUAGAAUACAGAGGAGUUAAUGGUCAGCUCAAUGACUACAAGGUUCCCAGGUCCUGUGGCUGCAUAGCAAGCCAAAAUCAUCACUCUUCCACCACAGUGCUUGACAGUUGGUAUGAGAUGUUUGGCCAUAAUGCACAGCGCCACGUUUGGCAAAAACCAAACGCACAAACUUGUUUUUUUUUACUUUUGAUUAAUCUUUAUUUUUGUAGAAUGAUGAACAUUAAAUUUGUUUGGAAAUAGCCAUAUUACUUUUUUCCAGUUUGAUGGGCAGCAACAAUUUCUUGACGAUCACUGAUGAAUCGCUGAUAACACUUGAAUGCUCCAGACCAGCAAACUCCUAAAAUUUUAGCUUUUAUAGAGAUGGUCACGCUUGUUUGUCAAUCUUUGUUUUUAUUGAGGCAUAUGAUGAGUCAUUACAGAAAAUAAAGCUAGGAGUUAAUGCAUGAGAAAUCAAACAUACGUUGAGCAUAACAGAAAGCGAUAAUAUUGCAUGAACUUCCAGAUAUAAUGGCCUCAUUUUUGUUUUUCUUUAUGUAUGUAGGCACAUUUUGUAUAUUAGUUGGUGCUUGAGAUUUGUGAGAAUAUGCGCAUGCUGUGUCUCACCCCUGAAAUACCUUACAAAACAACAUUCUAUUUACGUUAUGGCACAAGCUGGGUUAGUAUAACUAAUGCGAGGAGUCACAUUGGGGUCGACAGGCUUGUAAGAUUAUGUAAAAAAUGCGUAUGCUGUGUCCCACACCAGAAAUACCCAAUAAAAUAAACGUUAUUUAGAUUAUGGUGUAAGCUGGGUCAGUAUCACUAAUGUAAAGAGUGCCUGUGGGUUCGAUAGGCUUGUAAAUUUAUGUGAAAAUGCGUGUGUUGUGCUUUACAUCCGAGAUACAUACUAAAGUAAGCAUGCUAUUAACAGUAUGGUGCAGGUUGGAUUUAAAACCGCCCAGCUCAGAUGAAGGGCGAGCGGUCUUAUCAGCAGCGUUGUCCAUGUGGGUGGUGCGUCGUGCUGGAUUACUAGUGCCAUGCGCCCGAUGUGUCUCCGGACUUGGGAGCUGCUGUAUGGUAUGGGUCGUUUGGUGUUUGUUGCGCUGUGUCAGGCCAGUUGGUGACCGCAGUCUGCUGUGGGCGCUGCGGUUCGGCUCCUGCGCACAUGGCCUCCACCAUCUUAGCCUUGGGCCUGCAUGGUGGUUUGGUAGUGCCUCCAAGUGUAUGGGGGGGGGCGGAAAUCAGAACCGCCGAUGUUCCAUGCCCUUGUCGGGCAGGAUAGUGGAGCAGCGGCCGUCCACUCCACUCACUGCCAGGUUUGAUCCCACCCGGUGCAGCAGGGAUCUCUCCUCCGAGGGACUAGAACUCUGCAAGCCUCACCACAGCUCCGGUGGCCCGUAUACAUCGAGGGUCACGGUUGGUGGUCACUUUUUACUCCUAAAAUCACGAUUUAUAAGCUUAAUGGGUCAUAUUGUGCAGGAGCUGAUCAUUCCUGCGACCGCUCUGCGGCCCGGCCCCGCCCCCCAUGGUCACGCUUGUUGAUCAAUUGAUUAGCAGCACCUAUCUUCUACUUGGCCUCUUGAUUCCUAUGGAAACUGUAAGGGUGGGCUUAGAUUUUCCACACAUGGAUUCUCCAUUUUGGCUUUAUUUUUGUUAAACAAUGACCGUGUAAUAUGUUGUGUAUUGUUAAUUGUAAGACCAGCUAAGGUACAGAUUGUCAUAUGUAAAAUCGUAGAAUUAAAAGAGGGUGUGUUGUUGUUGUUGUUGUUUUUUUCUGACACUGCUGGAGGUGUAGUUACACCUCUGCACAUAGAGCUAUAAAUCAUAUUGCGAUCAGUUUCAUAUUUAAAAGCUGUAGACUCCUAGCACCCUGACUUCUUCAAAUAAGCUAUUAAACAUUAUUUUCUUAACUUUUCAAAAAAUCAUUUUGACUGAAAAGGGGGAUAAUUUGUGGAUGUUGGUUGCAUCGUUUGUGGGGAGCUUAAAACUUGACCUCUAUUUCCUUGUUUUUACAGAGGCUGCAGUGUGAAUCAAAAGUGAACUAUGUUCCAUGGGAAGAAAACAUUACACUUCAAAAACAAACUUGCAAUCCCGUGUCUGAACACGCUACCCAAUGACGUAUCAUUUCUGCAGGUCAAUUUAUUUCUGUAUCUUUGAUUAUGUAACUGUUGAGGCUGGUCAGGUAGAUGGAUAUAAGUUUUAAUUAAUGCAUUGUGAAGCUUGGGUGUUUCCAAUAAAUAAGACUAUGAUUAAAUGUUUGCCUUUCUCUAGUCAUGCUAUACCUAAAUAUAGAAGACAGUAUAUUGUAUUCCUGAAAUUCUGGAUAUGGUUAAGGCCUGCUGAUGUGCUGAUCCUCGACAGGAUUAACAUAAAAAUUAUAAUUAAAAUAUAAACAUGUGUGGAUUUUUUUUCUUCUAGCACAAUGCGUGUUUUUUUUUUUUUUUAAAUGUAUAUAUUUUAAAAUAUCCUGAGAACAGUGCAACACUUUUUUGGGUGUUCUCACUAUGAAUUGACGGUUUAUUCAGUAAAAUGCAAAGUACAAAGCAAGGUCUUGUGUGGGCUAUUGUAUACCAAUAUCCUCUAUGGUAGGUGUGAAUGAGUAGCUUCUCUGGAAACUCCUUUUUUGGAGAUCUGAAGAAGCAAAUUACAACAGUGAGACAGAAUUGACAAUCUUGCAAGUAGUGUGCUGCUCACUGAGCAGAGUGUAACGUGGUACUUUAGUAGAACAAGAGGCGAUAAGACAGCUGGAGAACAGGCAUGUAGUAGGAGGGGUGGAGGGAAGAGGAAAGGUUUAGCUAUUCCUGACUUUGUGCAAAGAUGUUGGGAGUAUAUGCUCAGAAACAGCUUCCUCGAGUAUGACCCUACACCGACAUUUAAAGAAGACGCCCGGUACCUCACUGACAACGGGGAGAUCAUAUAUACACCCAGGGAGAAAUAAUAGGAUUACAAAAACCACAGAGAUACUGUGGACAGUUCACCAUCUAUGUGUGCAUAUUACAACUUUGCCUGAAACAGGACCUGAGUCUAUGGAAAUUCUGAUGAGAUCCACCACUCAUUAUUGUGUGUACACACUGGGACUGUAUAUACAUUUUUUCUAAUUUGUUUGCAUUUUUCUCAAAAAACCUUUAAGAUGGUAAUCUGGACUCUCAGAUAUAUUAAUGCAGUUUAGCAUUAUUGUUAAUAAGCAAGUCAGAUUUUGUAGGGAUUUAUAUAUACAUGGAGUAACAUUGGUUGUCACAGGAUAUAUUAUUUCCACUAAGUAUAUUUGCUUAUUCUUUUCUUGUAUAUACUUAAAUAUUACUAUACUUGUAAAAUUAAUGAAUUAUUAAAUAGAG